GCAUUCCAAACUUUACCGCAGGAGUGUGUAAAAAAAAGAGAGAGCAACCGUCGUCUUCGUCUCUCUUGCUAUUCUAAAAAUGGCGUCAAUAGCGAAGAAUGGGUUGCAACAGUACUUGUUACAGCUUCGAUAUCAUCCUUUGAGAACCAAGGCAAUAACAGCCGGAGUGUUGUCGGCGGUCAGUGAUAUAGUGGCUCAGAAGAUCACCGGCAUAAAGAAACUUCAAAUCAGACGCCUUCUUCUCAAAGUGCUUUUUGGAUUUGUUUAUCUUGGGCCAUUUGGGCAUUUUCUUCACAUAUUACUGGAUAAACUUUUCAAAGGGAAGAAGGAUACAAAAACAAUAGCCAAGAAGGUGAUGGUGGAACAGUUGACAUCAUCUCCCUGGAACAACAUGCUUUUCAUGAUUUACUUUGGGUUAGUAAUUGAAGGAAGACCCUGGGUCCAUGUAAAAGCUAGAAUCAAGAAGGAAUAUCCGAGAGUGCAGUAUACAGCAUGGACGUUCUGGCCAGUGGUGGGAUGGAUAAAUCACCAGUAUGUGCCACUGCAGUUCCGCGUGAUCUUCCACAGUGUUGUUGCAUGUUGCUGGGGAAUAUUUUUGAAUCUGCGAGCACGGUCUGUGGCAUUGGCUAAAGUCUAGAAGUUGAGUGAAAGGAAUUUGUGGAUGAGUGUGUGCUUCAGAUUACCUUAACACAGUUAUGGGGAUGUUGUAUGUAGCUAAUAGUAGUAGAUGGUGAAGAGUGGUUGCACCACUGCUUUCUUCUCUUUUUUAUUUUCCCACACAUAGUAGUAUGUGUAAACAGAUGAACUAUUGCUUCUAUUGGAGAAACCAUGAACUCAGAAUA